AUGAUAAGAUCAACUUUGAGUAGCUGGAGAGAAUACCUGACGCCAGUUAGCCAUAAAUCCACCUUCCUAACAACCGGUAAUGUUACACCUGAUGAGUUUAGAAAGGCUGGUGAUUACUUGUGCCACAUGUUUCCUACAUGGAAAUGGAAUGAACCUUCGAAGGAUAUAAGUUAUAGGGAUUUCCUGCCUCAAGAUAAGCAGUUUUUGGUGAGCCGCAAAGUACCCUCCAAUGAAAGAGCCCAAGAAUUGGUUAGUGUGAGUCAGAAUGAACCCGAAGUGGAUGAAGACGGUUGGUUAGUAGAAGGUCAAUCAGUUGAAAAAAGUGCUAAACAACAUCCAAAGAGUGAAAGCGCUAUUGAAGUGGACGACAUUGAUGAAAUGAUGAAAGAUAUGGAGAUUCAGGGCAAUGACGAUAUCGUUGAUAUGCCAGUCAAUCAAGGUGAAAGAUACUACGAUUUGUACAUCACUUAUUCCACAUCAUAUAGGGUUCCCAAGAUGUACAUUGUUGGAUUUAGUAGUGCAGGUGUUCCACUAACACCGCAAGAGAUGUUUGAAGAUAUCGCACCAGACUAUAGGACAAAAACGGCCACUAUCGAGAAAUUACCGUUUUACAAGCAUUCAGUUCUAUCAGUCUCAAUACAUCCUUGUAAGCAUGCUAAUGUCAUGAAGACUCUGCUGGAUAAAGUACGUACGGUAAGGCAGAGACGUAGAGAGGAAGAAAAUCGAGAGAAGGAUGAUCAAGAUGAUUGGGAAGAUGUACAAGAAGAUUUGGACGAUGCACUACGUGUGGAUCAGUAUUUGGUGGUUUUCCUAAAAUUUAUCACUAGUGUGACACCAAGCAUAGAACAUGACUAUACGAUGGAAGGUUGGUAA